AUGCGUUCCUCUCUGACGAUUCUCUUGACUCUCGCGGCGUUUGCCCUGGCUUCACCUUCUGGCCUCCAUACCGAUGGAUUUGAGAAGCGCGCUGCUGACGACAACAUCGUCUAUGUUACUGACGCAAACUUGCAUUGCAUGAUCAUGCCUCGGGACCCCCACACCAACAUUGGCGACAGUGAGCACCCUGGGGGCAUGAAAACAUAUUGCUCUCCGGCGGGGAAGUACUCUUCCUUGCAAGGCACACUUCCCUCCAACUUCUGGAGCAAUGUCGAAUUCAAGACUGGAUACGGAAGGAAUGGUGGUCGCUUUGCACAGCUAACUGGAUGUAUCCGACCUGAAACUCUCGAUCGUCUGAACCCUAACGAUGGUGGAGGUCAAUACGAUUCUAGUGGAGGUGACGGUGGACAAGGAAACCCGCGAGGAUCCGUCUGCCUAGGAUAUAAACAUUACGUCGAGCUUGUUGAGCCUGAUGUUCGACGAGCUUGCAUUAAAUGCUGCGACGACCCGUCUGAAUGUCCACUCGACCGAGAUCAAUCCGGCUGCCCAGCAGUCAUUCAAGGCAACUACUUUAACUGCAAUUGA